UACUCUUCCUGUUUUGACUGGUCCUGAUCGAGCGAGUGAAACUCAGAAGUAAACAGAAAAGGAGAUCGAGGAACAGGUGUCAGAGUCACAUACAGCAGAAAAAAUGGGAAGAAAGAAAAUACAAAUUUCUCGUAUUCUGGACCAGAGGAAUAGACAGGUGACCUUCACCAAGCGUAAGUUUGGUCUGAUGAAGAAGGCGUAUGAGCUGAGCGUGCUGUGUGACUGCGAGAUCGCCCUCAUCAUCUUCAACAGCACCAACCGGCUGUUCCAGUACGCCAGCACAGACAUGGACAAAGUGCUGCUCAAGUACACAGAGUACAGCGAGCCACACGAGAGUCGCACCAACACGGACAUACUGGAGACCCUGCGUAGGAAAGGCCUGGGUCUAGAUGGCUCAGAGCUCGACAAUGAGGAGAGCAUGCAGGUGGCCACAGACAAAUAUCCUCUCAGCGAGGGCAUGGAUCUCUCUGUGGCACGCCAGCGCUUCCAUGCUCCAUCACUGCUCUCCCCAGAGGCGCAGUUCCUGGUGUCUUCAGGCUGUGAAAACGGCUUCCCCAACUCCUCCGGAUCCAGCAUGGCAUCCCAGAGACCCCCAGUCUUUAAAUCUAUCAGCUCCAGACCCGGUUCUGCCAGCCCUGCCGCACCACACGCACACACUGCAUUCAUGUCUCCAAACUCAGGUAUCGGAUACUCCAUGUUCUCCCACGGCAACCUGAACCGAGCUCUGGACAUGAAAAACCCUCCUCCUCUGAGCCUGGGCAGCGAGAACCUGCGGGGUGAUGCUCCUAGUCAGGCCAUGGCUACGACACGUGCUAACCACAACUCUGCUAGGGGUCUCUUGUACCAAGGUCUGCACAGCAGCAACUCCAUGGUAACCAUGGGCAAGACGGGGCUGCUGGGCCACAGUUUGGGAGGCUACGGCCUCCCCUCCCCUGGAGCUUCUGAGUAUAGCCACCCUGGGUUUUAUCACUCUGUUAGUCUACAACGAGGAGCAUUGAACCCCUGGCAAGCAGCACAGCAGCCUCAGGAGCCCCAUGGGCCCCAUUUAAGCCCAGGGAUGUCCAGUGGAGGGUGCUCCUUCCCCUCUCAGUCUUGCUCCUCGACGUCUCCACAUCUGCCCUCCCUCAGCCUCAGCAUCAAAUCGGAGCGUCGCUCUCCUGAGCACAUGUCCUCACCCACCUCCCCUCCUCUACAGCACCUCAGACAGCACUCUCCAAUGAGCGACCCCGAUUCGGCUUGCCAUACCCCUCCAGAAACCCGGCCGGCCAAUGAGGCGAAGGAGUUUCCCAAAGCUGGCUACCCACAAAACGAAGAGGAAGGAGGGCCGCCGCUCAGGCAGUUAGAGAUGAGUGACGGCUGGCAGAGAUAGCUGGCUGCUGCAGUCUACCACCAUCUCCCAUUCAAUCAGCUAUCUUCCAUCAAAACCAGCGCUCUAUUACACACACGCACACACACAAACACACAAACACACACACACACACACACACACGGAAGAUAGCGAGAUGGGGUCCAUUUGUCCCCAUCAUCCCAGAGAGGAAUACCUCUCUUUGUCUCCUCACACAGAGCUGGUCUCUCCUGGGCAAAUUAUUUUUUUCUCUGCAUCACUUGAUUGAUCCCAUGAGGAGACAGAUGCAUACAGACAUUUGCUUUUUGUUUGGUUAGGUUUAGUUUUCUGUGUGGAGAUAAUGUGAAUCAGAAAAAAACACAAUUUGAAAUUUGUUCGUUUAGUUCUGUGACUUUGUUGAAGUUAGCUACAGCAGCACAGCGGGACCAACUGAAUUUCUCCAAAAGGGUAAAACGUGUCUACGUACAUACAGGUGUUUGGCUUUCAAAGCAGCCUUCAGUGUUUGACCUUGGUUUGGUGUGAAAAUUGGAAAAGAGCUGUAAAACUACACUCCACUGUCUUUCUCUAAAUGUUACAGUGAAAAGCACAUGGGAAUGGAAAACCCAAAAACCCCAAAAACCUUCUUACACCAGCCAGAAUAAACCACAUUGUCUCUGUGUACAGUAAACCUCAACACCUUGUGUCCCUGUUGUUAUGUAAACUCAAAUUUUUUUACCUUUACCCCAAAAUUAGUUGCAUGGUCUCCCCACAUAAAACUAGUUAGACAACACUUGAGCCUUGGCCUUGUUUGAAAUAGGGAAAUGUGCCUGGACACUAGGACACAUUGAAGGAGAGGUGCAUAUUUUUUAAGGCUCGCAUUCAUAUGUGCAUUGAAAUUGUUAUUGCUCAUCGUAAUUGCUCCUGCUGUCCAUACUGGCUGUGAAAAGAGCCCUUCAUAAUGGCAUUCUAAUUUAAGAAAUGUGGGACAAAAUUAAUUCAUUAUGCACAAAAAAGCAUUCUAAAAUCCAGCUAGUCUGGGGCUUUAGUAGUCUGAUUCAGUCAGAUCGAGUUGGCAUCUUUCGUUUUUUGAAUACUUGAAUUAAAUAAUUUCCUUGUUGUGUUUGCUCAGUAUUCGAGGGACAUUGAGGUCAAGUUUAUUUGUACAGGAUAUCUCACACAGAAGAAAAAGUGCUUUACAGAGAAACACAAAUGAAUUUUUGUACUCAAAAUACUGCUUAAAAUGCAGUUCUAUACAAAAAGAGGACUGUUGGUUUUGUCCCGAAUCUCUGGAAUCACAUUAACAGAGGAUCUCUUCAGGGACUAUAUGGACAGGAGGAAAAAUUAAAGUGGCCAAAAAAUCCUUCAUUGUGCAUAUGGACAUGUGGACGUAGGAUUGAAAAAAUGUGAACCUGUCCUUUAAAAAGCUCAGAUCUCAGGAAUUUGGAUGAUUGUCUCCUUAGAGAGUUUAAAAAAUGAAUGAUUUGUUGUUUGUUUGUAAGACUAUUAUGGUGGAUAUGGCAUUCUUGCAAAUAAUAAUAGUUUCAUAUUUUUAAUAUUUCAUUAACAAAAUUUAUGGAAAUCUACUUCAAAUAAAGACCAAAGAGUUGAAAUAUUGUCCCCAUGCAUUGCAAUCAAAAACUAUAACACCCAAAGAUGUAUGUAUGUCUAUAGCAGGCCUAAUUUGAUUUAAGCAAUUUAAGAAUGGCAUCAAUUACUUUUUCUGAGGGGCAUAAUUUAGUGAGUGCAUAUUGAUUUUUAGAAAUAUAUGAGACACUGUGUAAUGAACGAGUAUUCAUAGACUAUUUCAUAAAAUGAAAACACAAAUUACAUUUUGCUUAUCGAGGAAUGUUUGGUUUUCAUUACACCUGUAAAUUUACUUUGCACUGUGUUUUUGUGCACUGGACAUCUGCUCGCUUUAGUUUGGCCAGUUCAACUUUUCUUCUGCAUGUGACAACAUAUGCUCAGAAUCCAGGUGGGAAUGAAAUUACCCUUAUUGUCCACAAGGGGUCGUCUUCUUUAACAUCAUUUAGAUUUGAAGGAGAAUUUGCAGAGCAGGGCCUCAAAUAUCAAUGAUUACUUAGCUAAUGAAUCUCUUUGACAAGUAGCAGGCUCACUGGUUCACCCUGAAGACAUUUAACAAAUACAUCGUGACAAACUCUGCAUCGAUUCAGUGAGAUGCAGUGAGCGGGCCGGUGGAGGGCUUCAAGUUCAAGUGCUGCUGUGGAAUUAGCUCUUUUUUUUUCAUUUUUUAUUAAAUGUAGUUAUGUGGAUUAAUAUCAGCAUGAAAAACCAAGUUAUCAGUAUUCUGAUGUUUUGGAUUUAGUUUUUAUAUGUUUGCAGAAUGCUU